AUGGCUUCAACUGCGCAACGUGUUCGCCCUCGGCCGGCUCAUACACAGGGCACAACUCGAUGUGCCUACACGCCAGACGGGUCAAAGCUGGUCACCGUUGGAUCCAACAACACAAUCCGUAUUUACAAGACUGGCUUUGAUGGAGAGCCAACCAAUAUCGAUGAGUGCCAAGAGCAGAAUGUCAGCGUCGCCGCCAAUGACGACUUCUUCAUAGUCGGAUCCGAGGACGGCACUGUGAGCUUGUAUUCCUUGGACACCAACACCUUCGAGAGGUUCCUGACGCGCUGUACUCUCCCUGUGCGCGAUGUCGCCCUCUCUCCGGAUGGGAAGCUGUGCGCUGUCGCCAGCGAUGAGCUCACGGUCAAGGUCGUUGGAACCGACGACAACUCCAAGAUAUUCCACCUGAAGGAGCACGGGAAGCCGACCAAGCAUGUUGCUUUUGACCCAAAGGGCAGCAUGCUCACCCUUUCUUGUACCGAUGGCGUUGUCUAUGUGUACUCAAUGACGGCCGAAGAGCCCGAGAUGAUAAGGAAGGUCGACGGCGCGAUAGGAUCAUUGGAGACAAACGAGGACGCGUCUUCUGCGGUAGCUUGGCACCCAGACGGGAGGGCAUUUGCAGUCCCGACGCCAAUCCGAGACAUUCAGGUCGUCUCCAAGAAUGACUGGGAAAAUCAGCGAUCCUUCAGGAACGGGCACGAAGGCGACAUCACCGCCAUCGCCUGGUCACCGAACGGAGCCAUGCUCGCAACAGCAGCCAAGGACAAGAAAGUCCUUAUCUGGCAGACAAAAGACCAGACAGUUAUUGCAAGAUACGACUAUCCGAAUGUCAUUGAUAUCGCAUGGCAUCCGACAAAUAACCUGCUGUCACUUACAACGACGGACGGCGAGGUCUACAUAUGUCCAGAUUUCAUCUCAAACCAGUUCUCCAUUCUCCUUAAGCUGUCAAAACAACCAGCACCAUUUAUUCACGACCCUCUAGACGAAAGCAAUGGCCGAAGACCACAGGCCAACGGCCACAAGAACCGUCCGGAACCAGCUCGGACAGAGCUGACGGACGACUUGGACUCGUUGCUUGAUGACGGCUUCGGGGAAGAUGACGAUGGUUUCGUUAUUGACGAUGACGGGGCUGGAUACACUCUCGGUCGCAAGAGACCGGCUGACGACGAUGACAUCUUUGGCGAUUAUCCAAACAAACGAGCCAAUCUUCUCCAGCCUCGAUUCCACGAGGCAUUCCAGCCAGGCGCCACGCCCUGGCGUGGGAACCGCAAGUAUUUGUGCCUCAACCUGAUCGGGUUCGUCUGGACUGUCGACCAGGAUACCCACCACACAGUGACUGUGGAGUUUUAUGAUCAUGAGUUCCAUCGAGAUUACCAUUUCACAGAUACCUUCCUUUACGACAAGGCCUGCCUCAGCGAGCAUGGGACGCUCUUUGCGUGCCCGCCAAAAGACGAUGCACCAGCGUCGAUCUUCUACCGGCCGCAUGAAACUUGGACACAGCGUAACGACUGGAGAACAGAGCUCCCCAAGGGAGAGGCAGUGCUGGCCAUGUCAUUAGGUGACUCUUUCAUAACGGUGACAACGUCAGCAAAUUACGUGCGAGUCUAUACCUUGUUCGGCAUUCCCUACCGAGUUUACCGGCCGAAGAGCACUCCGAUGGUGACGUGCGCCAGUUGGCGGGACUACGUUAUGACCAUAGGCAACGGACCCUGCGGUGCUGAUGGCAGAACAAGGCUGCUCUACUCGAUUGAGAACGUCAAACGCGAUGAGAUUUGCCAGAACGAAGACACGGUGGCUCUGCCGGAGGGUGUCACCCUCAAGAGCGUCUUCUUCUCUGACAGCGGCGACCCAUGCAUAUACGACUCUACCGGCACACUGCUGACGCUCCUGCACUGGCGCCAGCCAUCGAGAGCAUCGUGGAUCCCGUUGCUGGACACCAAGUUGUUGCCCCGUCUGGCUUCAGGCCGCAAGAACGAGAGCUACUUCCCAAUCGCAGUGGCGGACAACAAAUUCCACUGCAUCAUCCUCAAGGGCGGCGACCAAUACCCCUACUUCCCGCGGCCCCUCCUCUCCGAGUUCGACUUCUCCGUGCCACUCACCUCGGCCCCGCCCAAGGCCAAGACCAGGGCCAACGGCGGCGACGAGGACAUGGACGACGACCACGACGAGGAAGACCCGUUCAAGGGGGCGGACGGGGAGGACGAGGAGGCGUCUGAGUCCCGCAAGCUGGAGCAACAAUUCAUGCUCCGCGGGAUCCAGGCGGCGCAGGUGCAGGACCUGGUGGAGUCGACGUCUGGCAGCCACGCGCAGCGCACGGCGCUGGCGCGUAUCGAGAUCGAGAUCGAUAAGGCGCUGCUGCAGCUCCUGGCGAUCGAGUGCCGCGAGGGCGAGGAGCGCGGCAUGCGUGCUCUGGAGAUGGUGGAGCUCAUGCGCGACCGCACGGGCAGGAUGGUAGAGGCGGCGGGCAAGGUGGCUGAGAGAUACGGGAGGACGAUCCUGGGCGAGAAGAUUCGGGAGGUCGGCGACAAGAGGGCUAAUGGAAUGGACUACGAGGACCUGUAA